AUUUUCAAUCAAAGAACCCUAGCACCAGUUUGAUAAGCAGAGAAAAAGUGACAGAAAAAGGAUUUGCAGAGCUAAAUCAAAAUCUAAACAAUGGGUGAGAGUAAGAAACGAAAGAGACGAGGAGGCAAGAAGGGUAAGGAGGAACAACAGGCUAUUCCUUCCCCUUCUGCGAAGCGCAUAAAGUUGAAGGAACCCUCCACCUUUCUGGAAAAGAUGCGAGCGAGGUUGUCUGGUGGGCAUUUCAGGAUGAUUAACGAGAAGCUCUACACUUGCACUGGAAAGGAGGCUCUAGAUUAUUUCAAGGAAGAACCAUCGUUAUUUGACAUGUAUCAUGCAGGAUACAAAUCGCAGAUGUCAAAUUGGCCUGAACAGCCGGUUAAUGUAAUUAUCAAGUGGCUGAAAAAACAGAGCCCUUCUUUUGUUAUUGCUGAUUUUGGUUGUGGGGAAGCACUCAUUGCUAAAACUUUGAAGAAUAAAGUCUUCUCUCUGGAUCUUGUCUCUAGUGAUCCAAAUGUAAUUGCUUGUGACAUGGCAAAUACUCCCCUUGCCUCCUCAUCUGUUAACGUUGCUGUGUUCUGUCUUUCAUUGAUGGGAACCAACUACCAAAGUUACAUUGAAGAAUCAAAUAGGGUGCUAAAGCCAGGUGGCUGGCUUUUGAUAGCAGAAGUUAAGAGUAGGUUUGAUCCAAAUACUGGAGGAGCAGACCCUGAAAAGUUUUCAAAUGCUAUUUCUGAGCUAGGUUUCAAAUCUGUAAAGAAGGACUUCUCAAAUAAAAUGUUUAUUUUGUUUUACUUUACAAAAAAGGAUAAGCAAAUUUCUAAGAGGAAGGAGAUUGAAUGGCCAACACUUAAACCUUGUUUGUAUAAGCGUAGAUGAUGUUAUAACAUUUAUUUUUUUCCUUUUCUCUGUACUCAAAUGUUAUCUGUAUCAGUUAAAUCGUUCAUCUUUUUUAAUUUUAGCAUACUGUACCAUUUUUUAUAAUUUUAAACGUAAUAAACAAUUAUUAUUACAA